AUGUCUCUCACUCUCGCCUCGACAGUGAAGCUGAACAACGGCUUGGACCUCCCGCUGCUCGCCCUUGGUGUCUACGAGUCACCAACUUCGGUGGAGAAGUCUCGCUACGCUCUGCAGCUCGACUACAUCGACCUCUACCUCGUCCACAGUCCCCUCGCCGGCGCCAGCGGCCGUCACGAAGCGUGGCUUGCUCUCCAAGAUGCCGUCAAAGAAGGCAAAGUCAAGUCCAUCGGGGUCAGCAACUUUAGCCCUGCCCACAUUGAGCAGCUUCUCAAGAGUGAGGGCGUCUACAUUCAGCCAGCUGUCAAUCAAAUCGAGAUGCACCCAUGGAAUCAGCAGAAAGAGAUCGUGGCAUAUUGCAAGAAAGAGGGGAUCGUAGUACAAGCGCACACCCCGCUUACACAGGGCAAAAAACUGGGAGACCCCAUGAUUUGCGGGAUCGCGAAGAAACAUGGGAAGACUGCUGCUCAGGUGGUAUUGAGAUGGCUACUGCAGCAAGACGUGGUCGCGAUACCGAAGUCUGAGAAUCCGGGGAGGAUCAAGGAAAAUGCCGAUAUUCACGAUUUCACAUUGGAUCAGAAGGAUCUAGAUCUGAUUGCUACACUGGAUCAAGGCCAGAAUGGCAGUGUCACAAUCUGGAACCCUUGGACGAUUGAGUGA